GCUGCUUACCUCUCAUCUCACAGCACAGACCACAAUGGACGAACUUGACAUGCUUUUAGAGGAGUUGGCGCAGAACUCCACCCAGACUUCAAAUGUUCCUGCACCCAUUCCACCCAAAACUCUCCACCUGGGAGCCUCGGUUAAAAGUAGCAGCACACCUCAGUUUGAACAAACUGAAUCCUCAGGAUUUGUUGCUGGUCCAGGAAAGACAUGUGAUCCCUACAGUGUGGUUCCGGUCCCCGUGGAGGCCGGAGUGAUGAGUCCUGGCACAGCUACACGAGAACUGGACUCCAUCAUGAAUGAGCUGCUAGGGCUAGGCCUGGAGGUUUCAGAACCCACAUCAAACCCACCUCCAGUUGCUUAUAAGGCAACGAAAGACAAAAAACCUGAGGAAACUAAAGAAAGCGAUAGUGGAACGCAAAAAGAGGCUGUGAACCCAAUGCAUCCUCCCCUGUCACAGAAAGUAUCCAAGAAUGUGGAUGCUAUAGAUGACUUGCUGGGCUCUCUCAGCUCAGACAUGGAGAAAAUGGGGGUCCGGACAGCUGCCAAAGGCCACUGUGCUUCUUGUGGCAAGUGUAUAGCUGGGAAGAUGAUUACAGCUUUGGGUCAGGUGUGGCAUCCGGAACACUUUGUGUGCACGGCAUGCAGGGAGGAACUGGGCACAUGUGGCUUCUUUGAGAGAGACGGCAAGCCGUACUGUGAGAAAGACUACCAGAACCUCUUCUCCCCUCGCUGCGGUUACUGCAAGGGUCCUAUUACUCAGAACAUUCUAACAGCGAUGGAUCAAACAUGGCACCCAGAACAUUUCUUCUGCAGCCACUGUGGAGAUCUAUUUGGACCUGAUGGGUUUCUAGAGAGAGAUGGUAAGCCAUAUUGCUCUAGGGAUUUCUACCGCCUCUUUGCACCCAAAUGCUCCGGCUGUGGAGAGCCAGUGAAGGAGAACUAUCUGUCUGCAGCCAAUGGAACCUGGCACCCUGACUGCUUUGUCUGUGCGGACUGCCUGAAGCCUUUCACAGACGGUUGCUUCCUUGAGAUGAACGGUCGCCCCCUCUGUUCCCUGCAUUAUCACUCCAGACAGGGCACUCUGUGUGGGACCUGUGGAGAGCCCAUCUCGGGCCGCUGCAUCGCUGCUCUGGACCGCAAGUUUCACCCUGAACACUUUGUGUGUGCGUUCUGCCUUCGGCAACUGAGUCAGGGAGUGUUUAAGGAGCAGGCAGGGAAGCCGUACUGUUCAGUUUGUCAUACGAAACUCUUUGUGUGAAAAAUGAUCGAGGUUUUAAAGCAGUGGUUGUCAAACUUUUUAAAGGCCCCUCACAUUCAAAAUAAUCUAAAAUAUACAAAUAAAUAUAUAAUAAACAUAUUAAUAUAAUAAUAUAUUACAAAAUAUAUAAAAAUAAUGAACCAGGAUUCAUAAAACCUGCAUUUUCUUCAAUAAAAUCAAUAUUAAGUGAGGGGAAAUAAACAAAUAAAAAUGUGACUUCAGUUUCCAUCUUUUUUUUU